GUUUACUUAUCACAAAGACACUAUGAUGAAUAAUAAGACAUACACUGUAUUUACGCUCAUCGUAAUACAAGAAUUCACACAAGCACUUAAGUGCCCAAUGCCGUGCACGUGUCAGAGUUCACCAGAAACACCUCAGGAGAUCCCUGUCAUCUGUAAAGAGGCAGCAUUGACGGAAAUUCCAUAUGACUUCAACGUCUACACAAGAGUGUUUGAUGCUUCAUUCAACAGCAUCACAGCGUUAAAGAACAACACGUUAGCUGAGAACUGUCUAUUGGUGAAGGUACGUUCUCUCAAUUUCACGCAUAAUUUAAUUGCUUCAAUUGAAGUACUUGCAUUCAACGGUUUAACUCACCUAAAUGAAUUGGAUUUAUCAAACAACAAACUUACUACUCUACACCCAUCGACGUUUAGUUACGCCAGAGAAUUAACAUAGCUCAGUCUCUCUAACAACAAAAUGUUGAAGUUACCAGGGAACGGACACAUCAUAGAAACGCCAAAUUUAAGGACUUUAGAAUUGAGUUCCUGUAAUUUAGCCCAAAUAUCCAAAGAUGCAUUCGGCUGUGCGCCAAAUCUUGAAUACAUUAGACUGGAUAACAACAAAUUUGAAACUCUGAACAUCAGUGUAUUUACAGAAAUGUUACCCGAUCAACAGCUGAAUAAAGGAUGUUAUGCUUCUGGUAGAACUCUCAACAAACUAUCCUAUGUUAAUAUAUCAGCAAACCCCUUUAAAUGUAACUGCCAGUUUUAUAAAAUGAGAAAAUUACUCGAAAAACGUAACACAAAAUUUGAAUUACAAUCUUUAUGUGACAAUGCAAAAUACGACAUAAAUAACGACUGUGGUUAUAAAGAAAUAAAGAAGCAAAAUGAAAUAACUUCAGUGAAAUCAGAAGUAACCGUAAGUGUCGUCACAACAAAUGGAACUACAGCAAAAAGUGAACCAAAAACACAAAAUGUUUCCGAAAUUUCUAUGUACGUGGCAGAAGAUAUUACAACAGUGCAAAAUACGACAUAA